CACACACGCCCACCGCGGCUCGGGCUGGCUGAGCGCGGGCGAGUGUGAGCGCGAGUGUGCGCACGCCGCGGGAGCCUCUCUGCCCUCUCCUCGCACCCUGCUCAGGGCAUCUGAAGAGCCUGGAAACGUGAACAGGCUUGAAGUAUGGCAUGUUGCAAAGAUGGUUUCUGCCAAGAAGGUACCCGCGAUCGCUCUGUCCGCCGGGGUCAGUUUCGCCCUCCUGCGCUUCCUGUGCCUGGCGGUUUGUUUAAACGAAUCCCCAGGACAGAACCAAAAGGAGGAGAAAUUGUGCACAGAAAAUUUCACCCGCAUCCUGGACAGUUUGCUCGAUGGUUAUGACAACAGGCUGCGUCCUGGAUUUGGGGGUCCUGUUACAGAAGUGAAAACUGACAUAUAUGUCACCAGCUUUGGACCUGUUUCUGAUGUUGAAAUGGAAUACACAAUGGAUGUGUUCUUCAGACAGACAUGGAUUGACAAAAGAUUAAAAUAUGACGGCCCCAUUGAAAUUUUGAGAUUGAACAAUAUGAUGGUAACCAAAGUGUGGACCCCUGAUACUUUCUUCAGGAAUGGAAAGAAAUCUGUCUCACAUAAUAUGACAGCUCCAAAUAAGCUUUUUAGAAUUAUGAGAAAUGGUACUAUUUUAUACACAAUGAGACUCACCAUAAGUGCGGAGUGUCCCAUGAGAUUGGUGGAUUUUCCCAUGGAUGGUCAUGCAUGCCCUUUGAAAUUCGGGAGUUAUGCCUAUCCAAAGAGUGAGAUGAUCUAUACCUGGACAAAAGGUCCUGAGAAAUCAGUUGAAGUUCCGAAGGAGUCUUCCAGCUUAGUUCAAUAUGAUUUGAUUGGGCAAACCGUAUCAAGUGAAACCAUCAAAUCAAUUACGGGUGAAUAUAUUGUUAUGACGGUUUACUUCCACCUCAGACGGAAGAUGGGUUAUUUUAUGAUUCAGACCUAUAUUCCAUGCAUUAUGACAGUGAUUCUUUCUCAAGUUUCAUUUUGGAUAAAUAAAGAAUCAGUUCCCGCUAGGACUGUAUUUGGAAUAACAACUGUCCUCACCAUGACCACACUAAGCAUCAGUGCACGACAUUCUUUGCCCAAAGUGUCCUAUGCUACCGCCAUGGACUGGUUCAUAGCUGUCUGCUUUGCUUUUGUAUUUUCGGCCCUUAUCGAGUUUGCUGCUGUCAACUAUUUCACCAAUAUUCAAAUGGAAAAAGCCAAAAGGAAGACAUCAAAGCCCCCUCAGGAAGUUCCCGCUGCUCCAGUGCAGAGAGAGAAGCAUCCUGAAGCUCCUCUGCAGAAUACAAAUGCCAAUUUGAACAUGAGAAAAAGAACAAAUGCUUUGGUUCACUCUGAAUCUGAUGUUGGCAGAAGAACUGAGGUGGGAAACCAUUCAAGCAAAUCUUCCACAGUUGUUCAAGAAUCUUCUAAAGGCACACCUCGGUCUUACUUAGCUUCCAGUCCAAACCCAUUCAGCCGUGCAAAUGCAGCUGAAACCAUAUCUGCAGCAAGAGCACUUCCAUCUGCUUCUCCUACUUCUAUCCGAACUGGAUAUAUGCCUCGAAAGGCUUCAGUUGGAUCUGCUUCUACUCGUCACGUGUUUGGAUCAAGACUGCAGAGGAUAAAGACCACAGUUAAUACCAUAGGGGCUACUGGGAAGUUGUCAGCUACUCCUCCUCCAUUGGCUCCACCACCUUCUGGAUCUGGCACAAGUAAAAUAGACAAAUAUGCCCGUAUUCUCUUUCCAGUCACAUUUGGGGCAUUUAACAUGGUUUAUUGGGUUGUUUAUUUAUCUAAGGACACUAUGGAGAAAUCAGAAAGUCUAAUGUAAUUUCGUUGCUAUAGUAGUUUGCUAAAAGAUGAUGAAAAUGCAGAAUGCCUUUUUAAAUGUUUUUAAAUAUAAACAAAUAUUCUUUACUAAAAUAAAAACUCUAUGUAAUUUUUCCAUUUAAAGAUAUAAGCCAGUUAUUGGGAGAGUUAAUUAAUUCCUGAGUGAAAAAGUGAACUAUGUUUUUUUUCAGAAAAAUUAUUUUAAAAGAACUCAGCAUUCAGUUAGAUAGAAUACACACCAUCCUGGAAAGUUGGGAUAAGAGAAAUAGAGCUAUUAGAGACAAGUGGUGCAUAUUUUUUCAUUGAUAUAUUUGAAAACAGACUAUGACAUUUUAAAAAUCUACCCUAUGAGUAUCAACCUGCCACCCUAAAUUUCCCAGUGGCACUACCCUUAACCAGAAUUGUUUAUUAGAUGUCAUAUGCAGUGACCUUUGGUGAUCUUCUUAGGAACUUCAAGAAAAGGAAUUUUCCUGUUAAAUUGAACAUUGGCAAAAGGAAAUGGAAUAGUAUAAACACUGAUCAAUAGAGUAAAAUAUCUGCUGCAUAAAAAACUAAGACAAAGACCAGAGGAAAUAUGUUCCCUUUCUUAUGUUGGCUAAACAGUACUUAACAGUUGACUUGAAAUUUUGUUCUCUGAGCCAAAGUUUAACUCAUUGUAUGAAUUCUUUUUCAUGGUAGUUCAUUCAGUUAUGUGUUUAUUUACUACAUAGUUAUUCAGAGCCUACUGUGUUCCAGGAACUAUGCUAGAAACUGUCUCUCUAGGAAAGCUCUUGCACCUUUACCUACAAUAUUACUUAAAAAGUAGAACAGUCAAUGCAUGCCAAAGAACCAUAAACUAGCAGAGGACAUUGCAUUCUUUAGUGAAGGACAUUUAUUUAGAGUCUGACAACAUAUUCAAAAUAUUUUUCAGCCUCUACUGAUAGUGGAUAACAAAUAUAUUUGUUCACAUAACCACUUUGAUGUCAGUACAACUUCAGCAAUUGGUUUUCAAAAUAGAUGAGAAUACGGUACAGAUUGUUCUAUAAGUGAAAAGCAUUGUGUACUUGAAAGUAAAAAUCAGGGCAAUAUAAGACUUAAUAGAUUAACUGUCUCAAAUUUGAUCAGAGUCACAGAGUAGAAUUUGAUCAGAAUCACAGAAUCAUCAGACAUAGGAACUGAGCACAGGCUUUUUCAGGUGCUUUCCCCAAGAUAGAUCUAGAUAUUAGCUAGUGAAAUGCUAAAUUUUGAAGAGUUUUGUGUCCGUAGUUCUGUAAUUCUGGGCAGUCAUCAUGUUGGUUUUUUUGGGAGUUUUUUUAAGGUUUAAUAACUAAGGGGAAUAUUUUAAAAUUAAGAGAGCAGCAAAUGAAAGGAGUAAAGAAAAAAAAAUAGCUGUCGGGUAGGAUGCCACUGACUCUGCUAUGUGAUUUAUCAGGAUUUUCAUCUACUGACUUCUUUCUCAUUAGGUAGGCUUAACAACUUACUUGAGAAUUUUGCAACUGUCUAUGCAGCUGAAUCUAAGUAUGGUUUUUUGUCAUAUUGCCUCUAGAUUUUCUUCUGUGCUUCUUUCUAUCUGCUCUGGAAUGGAUGAGUGAAUGUGUUCUGGGUGUUUUCGGGAACAUAUUGAUAGAAAUGGCCACCUUGCAGACAAAAUCUCUCUCUCUCUCUCUCUUUUUGUUUUUAUAGAAAAGAAGUGAUAGUAGUUAAUUGGCAUCGAUUUUUCAGAUAUUGCACUACCUUAUAAUGGUUGUUUUUGAGACCUGAAAAUUGUGCAAAUGCCAAAUAUUAAUUGUAAGUCAUAUCUGAGAAAUCUUUCUUGGCUGUCUUUCUAGGUAUUUCAUAGAAUCAACACAUUUUAAGGCUGAAAGAUACUGUCGAAAUCACCCAGUCCCAAUCCCCCAUUUUAAAAUUGAUUCUAGUAAAAUUAGGCCCAGUAACAUCUGUAUAUAUGUAUAUAUUUAAUAAAGAGUACUUGUACAAAAAAAGCUUAUCAUAAAUUAUUUCAUGAAUGUGAAUAGAUUUCUGGCCUUGAGCACGAUGUUUGGAAAUAUGGUUGGAAGCACAAUUCAUUCGCUACUAGUUAUUCAGAGCGUACUUUGUUCCAGGAACUAUGAUAGAAACUGAUAGUUCACUAUUCUGAUGAAAAGGCUGGUUUUGUUGUUGUUGUUGUUGUUGUUGUUGGUGAGGAACUCUUACUCUUUGCUAAUCUAUUGGCCUAUCUUAAGAAAUAAUUAUUUGGCUAUUCAUUGGCUUCCUUUAAAAAAAAGUGUUCUUCUACACAUCUUACAGAGUGUAAAGAGAUAAAAAGAAAUAAUUUUUUUUCUUACCUUUACACAUGAAGGUUUAAAAAUAAAUCAUGUGGACAAAGAAUGAGAAAGGACAAAAUUAACCAAGGAUUCUUAAUUGUUAAUUUGAAGAACACAUUAACCAGAAAGCUUAAACAUUAUUAUUAAAAUAAAUUAUUUCAUUAGCACAAAAUGUUAAUAAUGAUAAUAAUAAUAAUAAUAAUAAUAAUAAUAAUAUGUUGUUUGCUUUCCUUAACUGAAUUUCAUCAAAUUCAUUCAGUGAUUUUUAUUUUGGUCAUCAUUUCUAUCUUCCCAAUAACCCAGAGGUACAUCAAGUAAAAACACUUUUGUGAAGAGCCAGUCACUUUUCCCUCUUAGAAAAUCUCAGAAGAAUGAUUAGGGGCACCCAAAGUUCUGGUUAUCUAUGAAUAAUAAUGAAUAAUUUUGGCUGAGAAUGGUACCUUUAUAUAACUCUUUUAAAGAUGAAAUUCAGAAUAGUUUUAUUCAGGACCUAGUAUCUGCAGUCCAUGUUGGCCACUAACUGCUACAUAAUUACUUUCAAUUUCAUCCAGGCAUGACUAGGUAUAAAAAUAUAUUUACGUGAUUAAUCCACAGUUUAAAAUGACUUGCACUUGUGCAUAUACAUAGUACUUUGAAUAAUGUAUAUUUUAAAUUGGACCUCACAAAUCUUGUAUUAAAGUAGGUAGAGAGUAGAGUCACCCUUUUUUGAUGAAAUGAGUCACAGAGAAGUUAAAUGACAAAGAUAAAAUCGCAGGGUUGGAAAUAACUUUGAAAGGUCAUUUUUCAAUAAUCUCACCUUAACAGUGACCCCUUUUCAAACAAUGCAUAAACAAUUUAUUUGUGGCUUAUUUUACCCAUGAGCUGGCCAAUACUUCCUGGCCUUGAAAAAUAUCUCCACUCUUCCCAUUCCUGUUCUCAACGGUCUUCUCUUCUCAAUUUGUGAAUAUUCUCCAGUAAAAGACACCAGGUGUGGAGAUGGGUCACUUAAUUUCAAGUUCUGAGUGUCUUGUGGUUUUAAACAAGUCUCUUAACCUCUCUAAGACUGAUUCCUCAUUUAUAACAGGGAGGAGGUGGAUUAUGUAAUAUCUAAGAGCUUUUCAGUUUUAAUAUUCUCUGAUUCUCAUAGUAAAUACAAGCAUACUCUUGUAAGAAAAACACUGAAUACUUUGCACCACAAAUAAGUGUUUAUGGACAAAAAUUUAGUUCUACUGCUUGAUUACUUUAAGUUCAUGGCUUGCUUCAAACUAAGGUUUCCCUACCUUCAAAAAUAUAUAUAACAUCUCUCCAUUUAGAUAAAGUAUAUUCUUCCCCAGGGAAGAUUGUAUUCUUUAAAGACAGUAGAAUAUUGGCUAUUUCUCUUUUCUGGGAUUUUCUGGGCUUUUAUUCACUAAAUGGGCUCCUGCCCAGUUUGGGUACUGUGCUGAUUUUUAGAUAUACAGAGAUAAAAAUAGCCCCUUUCCUUGCAGGUAGUCACAGUCCGGAAGAGAUGAUAGAUGCAUAGACAAAAAAUUAUGGGAUGUAACUAAUGCUUCAGUAGAAUACAGCAGGGCCAAAACUAGAGUGAUACUCAUCUCAGGCACAAAUAUGUAUGGGGACAUCAAAACUUCAAUAAUCAAGAUACCUAAUAUUUAAGUGAAUAUUUUUAAAACUCAAAAUUAAUGCAAAAGAUUUAUGACAAACAGAAUAUACAAAUUUUAAAUAAAUUAAUAGAAUCAGUAGUAAUAAUAUUUUCUUCUGCCUCAGGCUCCAAAAUUGCUCAGCAUAGCACUGAUCUAGAGGUGGAUAAAAGAUCCACAUAACUUAAUUACAUUGUUGAAGGAGAGGAACAAGAGUGAUAGCAGAGAAGGUUUCACAGAUAUAAUCUUAAGCUAAAUUUUAUAGAAUGAUUUGGAAUUCUUAUAGCCUCCAUUCCCACUUCCACAAACAAACAAAAAAACGAAAGCACAAUUUUAUCAGCACCUGAGGCAGGAGAAGAGAUGAGGAUGUGGAAAGUCAAGGGGAACUCUUACUACAAAUUCUUAGUUCUGUGUUUGGAGGGAAGGGUGAAUGCAGGGAAGUGAGAGUUGUUGAUGUUGGAAAGACCUAAAGGGCCUGGAUUAGGAAGAGUUUUGUGUAAAUUACUGAAGGAAUGGAAUUUGAUCAGGAUUAGUGGCAAUUUAUUAAAAAUCUUGAAGAAUAAUACGAUGAAAACUAACAUCCUUAUUUUUCUGUUUUAGAGAAAGCACCUGAUUAUUGUGUGAACUAUGGUUUGGAGGGCCACAGAUCUAGAGGUAGUGGAACAAUUGAGAUCUCUUAUUUUUUCUUUCCUGUCUUAAACUUUGCCUUCUAUUCCUUUUUUCUUUUUUUGACCGCAAUGACUUCAUUGUCAUUUGUAAAAGUGAUACAUGACUGUUGAAGAUAGACAUUGUAGAAACUUAAAAACAAUCUCAAAAUUCUACCACCUAGAAAUUAGAAAUAUUUUGUAUUUGGAUAUGUUUGUCUAGAAGAGUAGAUUGCUUGAUUAAAAGACACAGUUUUAUAAAUGUAGAAGCCAAUAUGACAUAUAUGCUGCCAUUAAAUAAUAAAAAAUUAAAUUGACUUUUAUCUCAAGAUAAGAUUAAAAUUGGAGGGUAAAACUGAAGAAAUUGUUGAAAUUUGGAUGGUGCUUCUUUAAAGCAAGAGACUUAGAGAGUUGGAGCUUUUUAUCCCAGGUUUCAAUCUUUAUUUCAGGAAAUUUUUCUGCAAUUUUGUCUAAGUUAAUUUUUUUUUUUUUUAGAAAUGCCAAUUAUGUCAAAUCCCUUUUGUCUCUAUACAAUAGUCCCCAACUGUUUGGGCAACAGGCACGGGUGGGGGUGGGGGAAUGGUUUUCAGAUGAAAUUUUUCCAUCUCAGAUCAUCAGGCAUUAGUUGAUUCUCAUAAGGAGCGGACAACCUUGCAUGCCCUCCUAUGAGAAUCUAAUGCCGCCGCUAAUCUGACAGGAGGCAGAGCUCAGGCGAUAAUACUCAAUGGGUGCCACUCACCUCCUGUUGUGCUGCCCAAUUCCUAACAGGCCAUGGAUAAGUACUGGUCAGUGGCCCAGGGAUUGGGGACCACUGCUCUGUAACUAUUUACAGUAUUCUUUGUAACUACUUUGGUAUCUUUAAAAUUUUCUUUAACUUUUGUCAACCAUAACCCUAGUGAGUUUUCAGUUGUGAUUAUUCUAUUUUGUAACUUCCAAUGUACUUUUCAACUUCAUAAUGGUUAAUUGUGUUUUCCAUUGCUUUCUUGGUCACUGUCGUUUCAUUUUUCUUCUCUUUCUCUAUUUUUACCAUUGCUUUAUUGAAAUAUCUUCUUUGAGCUUCUCAUGUUUCUCUAUUAAUGAGAUCAUGUCUAUAAUAUUUUUUGAGACUACAGAGAACUAUUUAUAUAAACUCUUCCUCUAUUUCUUGAAAAAGUUUUUAUCUGGCAUGAGCUUCACCUGCUUUUUCAUUGAGUUUUUAUCUCCCUUGCCUAUUUUUGGGGCUGGUUUCUUUCUAUUAAUCACUGAGCAGAGCCAGCUAUUUACUGAACUAUAGUGUGGGAAGUGGUGGGAGGGUGAGUCAGAUCAGCCCACAGAAGCUAUUUAAAUUUCAGGUUUCAAGCCCACCUCCCCAAAACCGUUUUAUGUGUUUUUUUCUUCUGCCCAGGCACCAUAUUUUUAUAUCUAUUUUUGACAUUUGGGCGGCCUAUGUAGUUCACAGUGUAAAACUCUCUGUUUUACUUUCUUUAUGUUAUUGCUAGUGACUAUUGCUUGUAGUCCCACCCCCUUCCUCGCAUUAGCCUUAGUAUUCUAUAUUAUUCAGCAAACUUGUUCACAACUCUCAAAUAUAGUCUAUCAGAAUUUUUAUCUUUACCUCUACAUUCCACUAUUCAGAAGUAUAUAGUAAAAUCUUAUGAAGACAGAUUUUGUUUUUAUCUUGCCUGUUUACACUCUAUCUUACAGAGGUUUCAAACAAACCGUCUUUGUUUGAAACAUCUCAGGAUAAUGAUACUUAUUGAAAUCUACAUCCUGCCCAAGAUACAUGCCAGUCAAUUUCCUUUCUCCUAUUAGUGCAAAUGGCUACCUACUUAAAAGCUGCUGACUAUAGUUUGUCAUCAAUUACUUGUUAAUUACAGAUAUGGUUUUCAUUUUUUUUCUCAAUUUUUCAUUAUGUUAUUUUUGGAGACUGUCUUAGGUGGGGAGUGAAUUACAAAUAUUUUUAUUUCACCACCUUUAACUGAGUCACCGUAUGUUAUUUGCACUUCCAAUAGACCAGGAAUUGACCAGAGUAUCUUUUACUGAUAUGACCACCAGAGCUACAUGGCUUUUACCUUCUGUAUAUCAGAUGUCACUGGAAUCAAGCAUUAAACCUAGAUUAAAUCUGGAUUAAGCCAGCUGUAUGGCACCUUAGAAAAUUGAGAAGGACUAGGAAGCUGAGAGAAAGAACUCCUGUAUAAAAAAUAAAUUCUUUUUACAUUUUCCUUGGUAGUAUUUCUGCAAGCUUCUUUAGUUUCUAUAGGGGAAUCCCGGAGUUGUUCUCUGAGAUUGCUUCCCUUUCCUUUGUAUUUUCAUUUUUCCCUCUUGGGCUUUACUUUUCAGUCGUGUAUUUCUAUCCCAAUGUUAAUUUAUUACACUGUUUAUAUUUUCCUGUCCUUCAAUUCAUCAGUAGAUUAGUGAAGUACUUAUUCCUUUAAUUAUAAGUAUAAACGUUUUUAAUUUCUUUUUGGAUAACGGUACAUUUAAUGGAAAAUUUUUAAACGCUAUGGUUUCUUAAUAGCUUUUCCCUACCACUAAUUACUUCUGUUAAAAAAAUAAAAGAAAUACCCAUGUGUAAUAUAAAAGAAAUUUUGAAUAAAAUGGUAUCCUUUCCUUUUACUAGAGACAAACAUCUCCACUUCAAAAUGGAAAAAUGGAACUAUGCAAAGGAAAUUUACGAUAUUCAAGAGUAUGAUAGUAUCACCGAACCGAUUAAUUUAAUUGAAAAUACUAACCUGCAAAAAAGAAUUACACAAAUGUAUUUGAAAUGUCAUCAGAUACCUCAAGCUAUGACAGAGUUGAUCAUGUUACACAAGUAGUAAAGGAUAAAUUAAAUAUAUUCUAUAUUAACACUAAGAUUUAAAACUAAUUAUAGUCUUCUUUAAUUUUUGUACUGUAUACAUUUCAUCUAGUUUUCAGUAAAACAAACUUUUCAUUACUUUUACUUAUCCCAUGAAAAUCUAGUUGCUAUAAGAUAUAACGUAAUUUGGAAAUACCUCCCUGUAAUACAUUGGAAUUUUGGUGUGAGUGUGUGUGAUCAGAGAGGAUAAACAAAUGGUGUCAGCAAAAUAGAAUGUAAAAUAUGGAGAUAAUGUGGAUUUACACAAUUUGAUAAAAACUCUCCCUUGAAUUUUGCAGAUCAUAUAUGAAUAUCAUCAUGUGAAGUGCAAUUAGGAUUUUUUCAUGUAUUAAUACAUAUACAUCAUCUCUUUAAUAAAAUAUUUUACUGAACUCGUUUGUUUUAUAUUUCUCAUGUCUCAUAUUUCAUAUUUUCUCAUAUGUCUCAUAUUUUAUAUUUUUUCAUAUAUGUCUCAUUUUUAUUAUUACUAUAGUAUGCAUUAAAGGAGACUGGCAAAUACCUGAACAAAGUUAUGUUGUUGGCAAUAUAAGAUAUUACCAAUUGCAUAAUAUUAUUUCCAAAGGCAAAUUAAUAUGCAAACUAUAGAUUUCCAUGGGUAUCUAUACAAAUUAUUACUUGAAGUCCAUAGAAAACAGCUUCCUUAGAGGGAAGUAAAAGAAGCUCUGAUAACAGAAAAUGUAUAGCAUUUCAGUUAAAGUUUGAUUGACAUAUUUUUUUCUCAGUCUUUUAUAUUUGUGAAUUAUAGUCUGCAUUUUGUCUUUACAGAUGUUGCUAACACAGUGCAGCAUGUUGGCUUGUCAUUUUACUGAUUAUGUAUAUUGUCUCCUAGUUCAAGAAUACGGUAAAUCAGAGCUUUCAUUUUUCAAGAGGCAGAAAAAUAAUUGUUGGUUGAUAAGGUAAGGUUAUAUGAUUUUGAGGGAGCUUCAUUGUAAAUUGAAUGAGAAUCCGGUUUUCACGCAAAGGUGUAUCUAUGCGAUAAUACUUUGAAUGACUGUAGCUUGAAAUAGAAGGUUAAUUUUUUCCACUGGCUUAUCCUUAAUGAAGGAAAUCGCCUGAUAAUUACUUUGAUUCUGAAAAUGUUGAAAACUCCAGAAGAAAUAAAGCUUUUCUUUGAUUUCUCAGCUGAAGUGUUGUACAAACUGAGGAAUAUGAAGUCCAUUCCCUUCUUUCUUCUCUUGAAUAAUUUCAAAAUUGUUUGUUUAGUUGUACAAUUGAAAAUAUUCCUUAUUAUAGAAGUAAAAAAACAAUAAUGCAUAUUUCCUCAUAUCAUAAAAACUAAAUUUGUUAUCAUCUGAGCUACAAUAUUCUUGCUCAAUUAGAAUAGUAAAUGUGAAGUGUGAUGUUUAUAACAGUUCAAGGUUUGAUAGGAGAUAGAGGUGUUUUGAUUUUAUGGGAAAAUUACUUCCUCAAGAACACGUUUCUUGAGGUUUUAGUAAUCACCUUUGACUCCCUGAAAUUGGCAAUUUUAUUCUAUGUAGGAAUAUUAUCAUGGUAUAUUAUAGUGAGGAGCACACAGUCAUUAUUAUUUUGUUUUUGCAAAUUUAUUUUGAAAAAAAAGGAGCAUUAUUAAAUAUUGGUUUACUAUUUCAAAGUAAUUCAUCAGGAAAUGAUUUUUUAAACACUGUCCCUUUAAGUAAAUGUCCCUUGCUUUUCAAAGCUCAACUUAUUACUUAUGGUAAUAGAGUUACUUUGCUUCUUAAAACAAAGUUUAUACUAGAGCAUAGCAUUGUAGAAUUAUUCAGGUCUCAAUUUCUCACUGGAAAAUGAGUCUUUAAAAUAGUAAGGAUUUAAAUUUCUAUAAAAUUUAAUCACAGAUACUUAUAUUUUAAGAUAAAUGUGUUGGAGCUAAACUCUGGAAUUAUUAAAAUAUAAAACAUUAUAUCCCUCUAAUGUAUUUUUUCUAUUUAAAUUUAAAACAAUAAACAUAAAUAUCUUUGGAAUAUUUUUUGGUUUGUGUAUUGUUUUUUCUGUCUAUAAAUAUCCUUCCUUGAAACUGGUCACAGCAUUGUGUCUUACUUGAUAGUUCUUUGGAAUCCCCACUGCUCUCAUGAAUGUUCCUGGUUUUUACUUAACAUCUAAUUCUCUGUAUGACCAAUACCACCAUCAAGAUUGGAAUUUUGCCAAGUUUUAAUAGUUUGAAAAAUUCUUUGUAGGUUACAUGGAUGAAGAAAAGUUACAGGACCUGUAAUAUCUGAUGUGGCAUAAUAGAAACUUUUCACUAUGUGGUUUUGGUUCACUAAUGGGGUUCAAAUGUGUGUAUUUCUGUGUAUUUUUUAAAGAUUCAACCCAAGGAAGAGAGUUAAAAUUAAUAAAAUACAGCAAUCAAUCUAUGACUCAAUCCUAACUUGGAAGACCAAAGUAAAUGUCUGAGAAACGGAAUAGGAUUAACAUUUAAUAAAAACGUGUGAGUUUAUGAAUUUUAAUAUUUAGCUCAGAUUAUUAACUGUAAUUAGUUUGAUGAAAUAAAACACUUUGAAUACUG